CCGCCGGUGCUCUGCUCGCUGUUCCCCCUCAACUGGGUCGGGAAUCGCCCCUUCUCGGCGUUCGAGGUGUAUAAGAUGGAUGCUGAUCGGAGGAGAUGGGUGCGUGCCGCGAACUUGAGCGGCGCUGCCGGCGACGAGGAGAAGAGGGCUCUGUUUUUGGGCGGGGGUGACUCUGUUUCGGUCCCCGCCGGCGGUGGGAUUGCGGCGGACUCCUUAUACUACACGGACGAUGGCUGGGAGCGGAUGGAUGAGGAUUACUUGUACGGAGGGCACGACAUCGGGGUGUUUGAUUUGAGAGAGGGGAAGAUUAGGAGGAUUGAUGAUGAGUUUGAAGAAGACAAAUUCGACCCGGCCGCUGAGCUCAGUCUCGUGUGUUUUUCUUUCUUCGUCCUUGCAUCUCUCUUCUCUCUUUUCAGUCCGAUUGGCUAGCUAGAAAUCCACAGUUGUCUUUCUCAGUGGGCGGCGGCGACGUCGGAGCUAGUGGCAGUGGCCGGGGCGGCGACGAAAUCGGGGCAGGGUUUCUGUAUCUUUGGUGGCGCCGAUGCGAUUCAGUGGUCGGAGCCCGGAGGGGAUGCCGAGAUCGGAGGUGGCCUGGGGGCGACGUUCGAGCUGGUGGCCGGGGCGGCGACGUCGUGGCUCAGGCGGCUCGUCGUCGACGAAGAUGGGUAGAGAGGAAGAGUUGUCGACUGUCGA